CAUGAUGGAAGGAAUAGUAGUUAUACUUCCACCAUGCUUUCGACGACUUGAAAAUUUCUUCAUUUUGUUUAGCGCAAUCACCGGUACUAGUCACCAGUUAGAUGCUCGCAAAAGAUUUCAAGAACUGUGUUCUCUUAGGCAGUGUUCUUUUAGUUCAGUGCAUGCUUUUAUGUAUGAUCAUUUAAUCUAAUUUAUUUUUCGCCUUUUCGCCUUGUGGCCUUGUUGCUUUGCCGCUUUUUUGCCUCUUCAUCUUUGUUAUCAGGAUUACGGAAAAAAUGGAGGAAUGUGUUUCAUCAAACACGCGAAUAGCAAUAAAUGUGACAUCAUUGAGCGAAAAUCAGGACGAUACAAAAAAUGAUACAAUAAAGAAGCUUGAACCGGAAAUUUCUCUCCGAAAAGGGAAGAAAAAAUUGACGAAAAAGAAUGUUAAAAUCAUGCCAAUUGAAAUAAAGUUUAAUCAUAUAAAUAAUCAGUCGUGUUUGCAUUUCACUAAUGAGACACAACGAGACAACGAAACAAAGCAACAAAAGACUAGAGGAGAUAGUAAUAAUAAUAAUAAUAAUAAUACAACAACGAACAAUCAAAUAUAUGAAAUCUUUGAGACUGCAAACAUAGAAAACAAUUCAAAUGAUAGCGAUGAUUCAUCUCUUUCAUAUAUAGAAAAAGCUUCAAGUGUAGGUUCAGAAGACGCGACAGAACAAGAACAUGAAGACCUUUCAGUAUCCGUCAGCAACCCGUAUCGAGAUCUAGAGCGUCCCUAUCACCGCGAAUAUUAUUAUGAGCAUCAGAUGAUAAAGCAUAUGCUAAUUGACUCAUUCAAACUAACUGCACACAUCAUUAUAUGGUCAUCGCCUACUUUACUGUGGUGUUUCAUAUGCCAAAAAGAAAUCCGUCUUAAAAGGGGAACAGACUCUACAGCAAACAAACUUAUUCAUCACAUCCGUAAUUGCUUUACAAAUCGUAAUCGUUUACAUAAAAUAAUGGAAGAAGAAAAAGAAUCAUUGAUAACUAAGAAAAAAUUCAGCUUAGCACAACUAAGACGUGAAUAUAUCAUCAUGCCUCACAAAAACUACCAUUACUGGAAUGACAAAUUCCAAUAUAAGAUAAAAGAAUUUGGAAGGAACUUUGUAAUCAACGAAUACAGAUGUUUAUUAUGCGAGCAAGGUAAUUUUAUAGAUAACACAAACCACGAAAUUGAAUUCGACGGUAGCAAUUACAAGACAAUAAUUAGACACAUAAAUAGUGAAGCACAUCAAUAUUUCAAGGAAAAAUUGGAGAGUGUCGAAGAAGUACAAAAGAUAGUAAGUGAAAUACACGAUGCUUUUCGUUCUGAAAAGGGCGAAAAUCAUAGUUGUGACUUGUGCAACUAUGAAAAUACAUUAGAAGUAGAAUUUAUCAAGCAUUUAAACGACGCCGCUCACAUCAACCAAUUCACAACAUUGUCUGAAAACGAUAGAAAAAAAUACAAUCAUUAUUUUUGCUACGCCUGUUUACUGCGAUGGUACGGGCACAAAGAAACUUACAUACAGCACAACAACAAUACAUAUCAUAAAGCCGCAAUAUCUUAUUAUCCAUACAUAGAACACUUACCUAAAGACUGCUUAGAUCUGUUAAAGUAUGUUAAACAAAACAGGAAUGUAAUUGUUACCGACUCCAAUUUGACAUUGGAAAAUAAUAAUUUACACAGUUUGCUGCGCCAUUUGAAAAGAAAUUUGUUGUUAACCUUUCCAAAUAUAAAAGUCCACCUUUUCGGAUCGAGGAUUUCCGGACUGGCUUUACCUAAUAGCGAUGUAGACGUAUUUCUGGAUUGUGAAUGUACAUACGGAGGCAGAAUCUCGUACCUACGAUCCCAGGAAAUUCUCGAAUUAAUUGAGAAACAUCUGGAGGGCCUAGAGACGUGGGAAAUUAAAGAAGCGGUGCUAAACUGCAGAACACCGGUUCUAAAAAUCCUGCAUAUUCCUUCGAAACUAAAUUGUGAUAUAGUGGUUACAAAUGGUCUAGGAGUACAGAAAACAAAAAUGAUUAAGUGUUUUGUUGAGGCUUUUCCGAUGUGUCGAGAAUUAAUUUUAUAUGUGAAACGAUGGUUACAAACAUCUAAUCAAGCAGGACGAAAUUUUAUAUCGAGUUAUGCUGCCGCCUGGCUCGUCAUUUAUUAUUUGCAACAUCUGGAAAUAUUUCCCAGUGUAUCGCACUUAAUUGAAUUGAAAAAUAAAUCAUGGCGAAUCAAUGGUUGGGAAGUUGGUGUAACCUACGAUUUUCCUGUUGGACAAACAAAUCUCUCUUUUACUGAAUUGUUAUUUGGUUUUUUUAAAUAUUACUCGGACUUUGAUUAUUGCUGUUAUGUAAUCUGCCCAUUAUUGGGUAGAAAGUUAGAGAAAUCUACAUUUUGGAGUGAUAUUGAUAUGAAAGAAUUAACACCUUACGUUGAUUAUAUAAAACGUCGCAUAGAUCGACAUACACAACAAGCACCGAAACAUUUUUGUACAACAGCACUAAGUCUACAGGAUCCGUUUGAUUUAUCACACAAUAUAACACGGGCAAUGAAUUCAAGCAAAUUGAAAUAUUUUCGAAAAGCGUGUAUCUACACAACAAGAUUUUUAAAGAAGACCCUAACUGGCAUUUCUUCUAAAACUAUCGAAAAGUAUAAUACAAAUUGGCACCUAUACGAUCAUUUAGAUUAAUAUUUUUAUACUCGUCUUUUUAUAUGUUUUAUACAUUUUUAUACUUAUCUUUUUUUGUACUUAUCUUUAUACAUUUUUAUACUUAUCUUUUUACAUGUUUUAUAUAUGUUG